AUGGGGACCCAAAAUGUUUUAAUUUUUGUGAACUUUAAUGAAAGGAUUCCGGUGGAGGAAGUUUUUGAGCAGCUAAAAUGCACAAGGGAAGGUCUGACAUCCGAGGAAGGCGAGAACAGGUUGAGGAUAUUUGGUCCGAACAAAUUGGAGGAGAAAAAGGAAAGCAAGAUUCUCAAGUUCCUGGGAUUUAUGUGGAACCCGUUGUCAUGGGUCAUGGAGGCUGCUGCUCUGAUGGCCAUAGUCCUUGCGAAUGGAGACGGGAGGCCGCCUGACUGGCAGGACUUUGUCGGCAUUGUCGCUUUACUGUUCAUAAACUCGACUAUCAGCUUUAUCGAGGAAAACAAUGCCGGCAAUGCUGCGGCCGCUCUCAUGGCUGGACUCGCUCCCAAAACCAAGGUGCUGAGAGAUGGGAGAUGGAGCGAACAGGAUGCAUCCAUCCUUGUCCCGGGUGACAUCAUCAGCAUCAAGCUGGGUGACAUCAUCCCUGCGGACGCCCGGCUCUUGGAAGGGGACCCUCUGAAGGUGGACCAGUCGGCACUCACGGGUGAGUCCCUCCCCGUGACCAAGAACCCCUCAGACGAGGUCUUCUCUGGCUCGACAUGCAAGCAAGGGGAGAUCGAGGCAGUUGUGAUUGCCACUGGGGUCCACACCUUCUUCGGAAAGGCGGCCCACCUUGUCGACAGCACCAACCAAGUUGGCCACUUCCAGAAGGUCCUCACGGCCAUCGGAAACUUCUGCAUCUGCUCCAUUUUCGUCGGCAUCGUUAUUGAACUUAUCGUCAUGUACCCGAUCCAGAGGCGGAAGUACAGGGAUGGAAUAGACAAUUUGCUGGUGCUCCUCAUCGGGGGUAUUCCUAUUGCCAUGCCCACUGUUUUGUCUGUUACGAUGGCUAUUGGGUCCCACAGGCUUUCGCAGCAGGGUGCCAUCACCAAGAGGAUGACGGCUAUAGAGGAGAUGGCCGGGAUGGAUGUGCUUUGUAGUGAUAAGACGGGGACACUGACGCUCAACAAGCUCACGGUGGAUAAGAGCUUGAUAGAGGUGUUUGUCAAGGGUAUGGAUAGGGAGGAGGUCAUACUGCUGGCGGCCAGAGCCUCGAGGACUGAGAAUCAGGAUGCAAUUGAUGCUGCUAUUGUUGGGAUGCUUGCCGAUCCUAAGGAGGCGAGAGCGGGUAUAAGGGAGGUGCACUUUCUGCCUUUUAAUCCUGUGGAUAAGAGGACCGCAUUGACUUAUAUAGACUCCAAUGGGAACUGGCAUCGUGCGAGCAAAGGUGCCCCAGAGCAGAUAUUGGAAUUGUGCCGUUGCAAGGAAGAUGUGAGAAGGAAGGUGCACUCGGUUAUUGAUAAAUUUGCUGAACGCGGCCUGCGUUCUUUAGGAGUCGCCCGACAGGAAGUUCCUGAGAAAACGAAAGAGAGUCCAGGGGGGCCAUGGCAACUUGUUGGUUUGUUGCCUUUGUUCGACCCGCCUAGGCAUGAUAGCGCAGAAACAAUCAAACGAGCAUUGAAUCUUGGCGUGAAUGUGAAGAUGAUCACCGGUGACCAGCUUGCCAUAGGUAAGGAAACUGGGCGUAGGCUUGGAAUGGGGACGAACAUGUACCCGUCUUCAUCAUUGCUCGGCCAAAACAAGGAUGAAUCUAUUGCAGGACUUCCUGUAGAUGAGCUGAUUGAGAAGGCUGAUGGUUUCGCUGGAGUAUUUCCUGAACACAAGUAUGAAAUCGUGAAGAGACUGCAAGAAAGGAAGCACAUAUGCGGCAUGACUGGGGAUGGUGUAAAUGACGCCCCAGCACUAAAGAAGGCAGAUAUCGGCAUUGCCGUUGCUGAUGCUACCGAUGCUGCCAGGGGAGCAUCUGACAUUGUCUUAACCGAACCUGGUCUUAGUGUCAUUAUAAGUGCAGUUCUUACUAGCCGGGCCAUUUUCCAGAGAAUGAAAAACUACACUAUAUAUGCUGUCUCGAUUACUAUCCGUAUAGUGUUUGGAUUCAUGCUUAUUGCUUUGAUAUGGAAAUUCGACUUUGCUCCAUUCAUGGUUCUUAUCAUAGCUAUCUUAAAUGACGGGACCAUCAUGACGAUUUCAAAGGACCGAGUCAAGCCAUCUCCCGUACCCGACAGCUGGAAGUUAAAAGAAAUUUUCGCUACCGGAAUUGUCUUAGGAGGGUACUUAGCGCUUGCGACUGUCCUAUUCUUUUGGCUCAUUAAGGAUAAAGAUUUCUUCUCGGAUAAGUUUGGUGUGAGAUCGUUGAGAGAUAGCCCCCGUGAAAUAAUGUCGGCAUUGUACUUGCAAGUGAGUAUCGUUAGCCAAGCACUCAUUUUCGUGACAAGAUCACGCAGCUGGUCGUACGUCGAACGUCCGGGCAUGUUCUUGAUGGGUGCUUUCAUGAUAGCUCAGCUGGUUGCGACUCUAAUAGCCGUUUAUGCCAAUUGGGGUUUCGCGAAAAUCCAUGGGUGCGGGUGGGGUUGGGCGGGCGUUAUCUGGCUCUAUAGCAUCGUGACUUACGUACCGCUCGACAUUCUUAAAUUCUGCAUUCGAUACGUCUUGAGUGGGAAAGCCUGGGAUAAUCUUUUGGAAAACAAGACUGCUUUUACUACCAAGUCCAACUAUGGGAUAGAAGAAAGAGAGGCUCAGUGGGCGGCAGCACAGCGGACCCUGCACGGCCUUCAGCCGCCAGAGACCACCAACAUCUUUCCUGAGAAAAGCGGCUACCGGGAACUUUCCGAGAUUGCUGAACAAGCCAAACGACGGGCUGAAGUUGCAAGGCUGAGAGAGCUGCAUACACUCAAAGGGCAUGUCGAGUCGGUUGUGAAGCUGAAGGGACUCGACAUUGACACAAUUCAACAACAUUACACCGUCUGA